AUGUCCUUUUUUCUUUUUACCCUGUUGCUCUUACCUUCAGUUACUGUCUCCACAUCUCCUUCAAAUUCUUCCACCUGUGGACCAAGCCGUGAACUAAAUGGAGAAUGUACUGAUGGUGUUUUGCUUCCUGCCUGGUUGCCACAUCCUCCGUCAACAGGUGAUCGGGCAGCACGGGCCAUUGUAUAUUUUGUGGCACUGGUAUACAUGUUCUUAGGAAUGUCCAUCAUAGCUGACCGAUUUAUGGCAUCCAUUGAAGUUAUUACUUCACAAGAGAGGCGAAUCACAUUCAGACGCCCAAAUGGGGAGGUGACAGUAACAAGUGUACGCAUAUGGAAUGAAACCGUUUCCAACCUUACCCUGAUGGCAUUAGGUUCCUCAGCUCCAGAGAUUUUACUUUCUAUCAUUGAAGUUGUUGGAAGAGGCUUUGAAUCUGGUGAUAUGGGACCCAGCACUAUUGUUGGC